AUGUUAAAUGUAACACCAAAUUUAAGUGAAUUUGUAACUUCUGAACAGGAUAAUAUUUUAGACAAUGAGGACUAUAUUGAUAAUGGUGAUAAUGGUGAUAAUGCUGAUGAAUUUAUAGAAAAUUUAAAUCAAAUUUCUAAAAACUUAAUAGAUGAUAUUCAUGUAUUUGACACAGAUAAUAAAGAAACUAUUCCAAUGCUUAUAGAUAUAUUUGAUUCUAAAACUGUUGAAAAAUCAUUAAAUUUAUAUAUUAAUUAA